CACCCAUUGAAGAAAACACAGCUUAACCGUAACCACAUCCUAGUUAAUUAACCAGCUGAUCAGUAGAAGCUUUCAAGGGAGGCAAUGGAGGGAGGCAAGGGAGUGGUGCUGCUCAACUGCUUCGUGAGCCCGUUCGGGAACCGCGUCCGCAUCGCGCUGGCGAAGAAGGGCGUGGAGUACGAGGAGACCGCGGAGAACAUGGCCGCCAAGAGCCCGCUGCUGCUUUCCUCCAACCCCGUCCACGGCAAGGUCCCCGUGCUCCUCGUCGCGGGGAAGCCGCCCGUCUGCGAGUCCCUCGUCAUCCUCGAAUUCAUCGACGAGGCCUUCGCCGAUGCCGGCGAGCAGCUCCUCCCGGCCAACCCCUGCGCCCGCGCCCAUGACCGCUUCUGGGCCGCCUAUGUCGAUGCAAAGAUGCCGGAGUGCGCGGGGAAGGUGUGGAAGUCACCCAAGGGCGCGGCGGCGGUUGAGGAGGGGAAGAAGGAGAUGGUGGCAGUGAUGAAGACGCUGGAAGGGGAGCUUGGCGAGAAGGCCUACUUCGGUGGGGAGGCGCUCGGGUACGUGGACGUGGCGCUGGUGACGUUCGCGCCGUGGUUCCUGACUUACGAGCGGCUCGCCGGGUUCUCCGUAGAGGAGGAGUGCCCCGUGCUGUCGGCGUGGGCGGCCAGGUGCGCCGCGGAGAACGAGUGCGUGGCCAAGUCGCUGCCGGACGCCGAGGCCGUGUUCCAGUUCGUCUGUGGCAUGAGGAAGCAUUUCGGCCUCGAAUAAGCUCUCGGCAACAUAUGUGUCUCACCAGUACGAUCGGUGCAAUAAGCUAAGCUAGCUAGCAGGCAACCCGCGCACGCAUCGUCGUGCGUGCAAGUGGCCGGUCGAUUUGCAGCUAGGUUUGAUUACUUUUGGUUGGAUGUCAUGUUUCAUUCGUCUGCGUUGUUCAAUUGUGCUUUCGUGCGUGCAUAAUAUAUCAUCGGUUACCAGUUUCUGAAUCAACCGUACGUACUCUUAUUGAGAAGUUGUGCGUAUUGUAAACUGCAUAGAACAAUUAUACGGAGUAAUAAAGCUUGCUUAUGUGGUAUCA